AUGCCACCAGUUUCUGCUUCCAAGGCCAAGCGGGAGGCCAAAAAGGCCGCCAAAGCUGCCGGUGGUGAUGAAGAUAAACCGAAGAAGACUGCUGCAUCCCGUGCUGCAUCCAAGGCUGGCUCUAAGGCUGGCUCAAAAGCCUCGUCUGUGGCUGGCGAUAGCACCCCUCCAGAGAUCGAUGUUGACGAUGAUGCUGCAACCUCUGCAUCAGCUCUUGCUGACGUUGCGAAACUCACCCUCCAGGAGGACAAGUAUGGUCUCUCUGACCGUGUCACAACCGGUGUUCUGGCAUCUCUAGUUAGCUCCAGGGAUUGUAAAAUCGACUCUGUCUCCCUUGUGUUCCACGGAAAGGUGCUGCUCGGUGAUACCACUAUCGAACUUAACUUCGGACGAAGAUACGGUCUAUUGGGUGAGAACGGUUGUGGUAAGAGUACAUUGCUAAAGAGUAUCGCAAAGAGAGAGUAUCCAGUUCCAGAACAUAUCGAUAUCUACCUUCUCAAUGAGCCAGCUGAUCCAACCAGUUUUGGAGCUUUGGAGUACGUCGUCAGGGAGGCAGAGAACGAAAUGAAGCGUCUAGAUGCUUUAGCGGAGGAAAUCUUGGAGAAGGACGGUCCAGAGUCUCCGAUUCUUGAGGAUCUAUACGAGAGAAUGGAACAAAUGGACCCUUCGACAUUUGAGACCCGUGCCUCCCUCAUUCUUACCGGUCUCGGCUUCAACCCUAAAACCAUGAACAAGAUGACCAAGGACAUGUCUGGUGGUUGGCGUAUGCGUGUCGCCCUUGCUAAGGCACUCUUCGUCAAACCAUCCCUUCUUCUUCUCGACGACCCAACAGCCCAUUUGGAUCUCGAAGCUUGUGUGUGGCUUGAAGAAUAUCUCAAAAAGUGGGACCGAACCCUUGUUCUCGUCUCCCACUCUCAAGAUUUCUUGAACGGUGUCUGCUCAAGCAUGAUUGACAUGAGAAUGAACAAGCUUAUCUACUAUGGUGGUAACUACGACUCAUAUGUCAAGACCCGUGCCGAAAACGAGACAAACCAGAUGAAGCAAUACCAUAAGCAGCAGGAAGAAAUCGCACACAUCAAGAAGUUUAUUGCUUCAGCCGGUACCUACGCCAAUCUCGUCCGACAGGCAAAAUCCCGUCAGAAGAUUCUCGAUAAGAUGGAAGCCGAUGGUCUCAUCGAAAAGGUCACCCCAGACAAGGUCUUCACUUUCCGCUUCGCCGAGGUUGAAAAAUUACCCCCUCCAGUCCUCAGUUUCGACGAUAUUACUUUCAGCUACAGCGGUGAAGCCAAAGACAACUUGUACGAAUCUCUAGAUCUCGGUGUGGACAUGGACUCCCGUGUAGCUCUCGUGGGCCCCAAUGGUGUUGGAAAAUCCACCCUUCUUCGUAUCAUGACAGGAAAGCUAAACCCCCAGGGUGGUCGAGUGUCUCGCCACACCCAUCUCAAACUUGGUCUAUACUCCCAGCAUUCAGCCGAACAGCUCGACCUUACAAAAUCGGCGCUCGACUUCUGCAGAGAUAAAUUCAGGGAAAAGAGUCAAGAUUACCAAUACUGGCGACAACAGCUAGGACGAUACGGGUUGACUGGUGAUGCUCAAACAGCGUUGAUGGGUACAUUGAGCGAGGGACAGAGGAGCAGAGUCGUUUUUGCACUGUUAGCGAUUGAGGGGCCGAACAUGUUAUUGCUUGACGAACCUACCAACGGUUUGGAUAUUCCUACCAUUGACAGUUUGGCAGAUGCUAUCAAUGAUUUCCAGGGUGGUGUUGUCGUCGUCAGUCACGAUUUCAGACUGCUUGAUAAGAUUGCAAAGGACAUCUUGGUCUGCGAGAACAAGACUGUCAAGAGGUGGAAUGGUUCUAUCUCGGAAUACAAGAACUAUUUGAGGAAGAAGAUGGUUGCAGCUGGUGCUGUCUAA